AUGGAUAAUCCCUUCCGGUAUGUUCAGGAGAACAGAGGCCUGGACUCUGAGGCAUCCUAUCCAUGUGAAGGAAAGGUUAAAACCUGUGGGUACAAUCCCAAGUAUUCUGCUGCUAAUGACACUGGCUUUGUGGACAUCCCUUCACGGGAGAAGGACCUGGCGAAGGCAGUGGCAACUGUGGGGCCCAUCUCUUUUGCUGUUGGUGCAAGCCAUGUCUCCUUCCAGUUCUAUAAAAAAGGAAUUUAUUUUGAGCCACGCUGUGACCCUGAAGGCCUGGAUCAUGCUAUGCUGCUGGUUGGCUACAGCUAUGAAGGAGCAGACUCAGAUAACAAUAAAUAUUGGCCGGUGAAGAACAGCUGGGGUAAAAACUGGGGCAUGGAUGGCUACAUAAAGAUGGCCAAAGACUGGAGGAACAACUGUGGAAUUGCCACAGCAGCCAGCUACCCCACUGUGUGAGCUGAUGGAUGGUGAUGAGGAAGAACUUGACUGAGGAUGGCACAUCCAAAGGAGGAAUUUAUCUUCAGUCUACCAGCCCCUGCUGUGUGGAAUGCACACUUCAAUCAUUGAAGAUCCAAGUGUGAUUGGAAUUCUGAUAUUUUCACACUGGUAAAUGUUACCUGUAUUUUAAUUACUGCUAUAAACAUGUUUGUAUUAUUGAUUCACUUACUUUGUAUUUUCAUUUUAAAAGGAUAUAUACAAUUUUACCUGUUUAAAUAAACUGUAAUUUCAAAUGUA